GCUCUACCCGCUCACCGUCAUGAAGCUCUCCGUCGCGUUCGUCAGUGCCGUCCUUGCCUUCGCCGGGAUUCCUGGUUCCUUGGCAGGCCCCGUACGGCGCCAGGACACCACCGUUGUGUCUGACUCCGCGACCCCGUCGUCGUCGUUUGUCUCGUCGACGCCCAGCUCGUUCUCCAUCGUGUCGUCGUCAUUCGUGUCGUCUACCCCCAGUUCGACUCCUGUCUCGGAGUCUUUCAGCUCGUCGUUCGUGUCGUCCACGCCGAGCUCGGUCGCGGUUUCCAGCACCGUCGUAUCAUCUACACCCAGUUCAGUCGCGGUUUCAGUCGCGGUGUCCGGCACCGUUGUCUCGUCGACGCCCAGCUCCAUUGCGGCUUCCGGCACCGUCGUAUCGUCUGCGCCAAGUUCCGUUGUAGCCUCCGGUACCAUCGUCUCGUCCACGCCUAGCUCAAUCGCAAUCUCCGGUACCAUUAUUUCCUCUGCGGCCAGCUCGAUCGCAGUUUCUGGCACCAUUUUUUCCUCUACGCCUAGCUCGGUCGCAGUCUCCGGUACCGUUGUCUCAUCUACUCCAAGUUCGGUUGCAGUUUCCGGCACCAUCGUCUCAUCGACGCCAAGCUCGGCCGCGGUUUCCGGCACCGUCGUCUCGUCUACGCUGAGCUCAAUCGCGGUUUCCGGUACCAUUGUCUCAUCGGCUCCGAGCUCAGUGGCAGUCUCUGGCACCGCUGUAUCAUCUACGCCGAGUUCGGUCGCGGUUUCCGGUACCACCAUUGUCUCGGCUACUCCAAUCGCAGUUUCCGGUACAGCUACCGUAGCGUCGGAGACCGCUUCAGGCACCGCUUCAAGUGUGCUCACAAGUGCGCCGUUCAAGCCAUCCGUGAUCACCAGCACCAUCAUAGCAUCGCCUCCCGUCGUCACUAUCACAGCAACUAACCCCUCUGUUGUAACCAUCACAACUUUCGUUCCCUCGGCCCCGACUACCGUGAUCAUCUCCGAGGGCUUGUCGACGAUAUACCCUACGGGCGUCCCCACCUCUCUCCUGCCGAACGGCACGGCAGUCGUCAUCGGACCCUUCACGGUUGACGUGCCACUUCUGACUCAGACCGUAACCAAGACGGAGGUGAAGACUGUGCACGACGCCGCCACUACAGUGGUCGGCCCCGUAGUGACGGACACGGUGACAGUGACGGGUACGGUGACAGACACAAAGACGAAGGUGAUCACGGUCACUCCUACCUUCGGUACCACCGUCAUCGUUUCACCGAUCCUCAGCAGCACCGCUACGAUCGUUCCUCCCACUCUGAGCAGCAGUGUCGCGGUUGUGUCCCCCACCCUUAGCAGCAGUGUCGCAAUAGUGUCCUCGACCUUGGCCUUCCAGUGCGGCGUAGUCUCUUCAAGUGCUCCCGUCGUUACCGCCUCAGCGGUGUCGUCAUCGGGUGCAUCGGCUGUGACUGCCUCGUCGGUGGCGGCGUGCUGUCGAUGUUACUGCCUCAGCAGCUCCGUCAUCCAGUGCAGUGGCUGUAACGGCCUCGGCAGCGCCAUCUUCAAGUGCGGUUGCGACUGCAUCUGCAGCGCCGUCGUCGAGCGCGUAAGCUAGUCUCAAAUACUAAUGAUCAAACCCAUCCGGGAUUUCUUUUUUCUCUCUCUACAUGAACUAUAAUGAAUAGUACGAACUGGACAUUCACUACUUUCACGUAGACGUACCUUGAUUAACUACGCUUUGGACAUUAUAAUGGACAAUUGAUACGACCUCUAUUUGAUACUGGGAGUCUGCUACUUCCUCCGUGAGUGACAUUUUGACAGAUUAUCAAGGCGAAAA